CCGUUUUUUCCGUCGCUUCUAAACGGCGCGACUCCCGGCUCGGGACUGUUGCAUGGCACUUUGGCGCGGGAGCGCUCCGGGGGAGAGAGCGUCCGCCCGCGAUUGCAUGCCGUGCCAGGCAUCCCCCUGCUCUGGGGAGGGCCUCGCUGCCCCCUGCGGCCCGAGCGGGGCUCGGGAGGCGCCCUCCUCCAGCCGGCAGGUGACCUUCUCCCCCGCUGCCCUGCCGUCCGGUCGCGAUGCUCUGACCCCCGAUGGACGCCCGGUUGGCCUCCGCAGAGCUCGCCUCCUCUGCCCCGCCGCGACGCAGCGGUCCUGAUCCGGGCGAGAGCGGGUACUAACCGCCUCCCUCCCCUCCGCAGCCGGCCUCCGCCCCAUGGACGUUGCGACGGGGCCCGAGUCGCUGGAGAGCUGCUUCAACCGGGGCUCCGCCGACUGCGCCAAAAUGCUGGACGGGAUUAAAAUGGAGGAUCACCCGCUGCGAUCGGGCCCCGCAACUUUAGGAGUUUUGCUGGGAUCGGACUGUCAGCACCCGGCGGUCUGCGAGGGGUGCCAGCGGCCCAUCUCAGACCGCUUCCUGAUGCGCGUCAACGAGUCCUCUUGGCACGAGGAGUGUCUCCACUGCGCCGUGUGUCAGCAAGCGCUGACCACUAGCUGCUACUUCCGCGACCGCAAGCUCUACUGCAAGCAAGACUACCAACAAUUGUUUGCGGCCAAAUGCAGUGGCUGCAUGGAGAAGAUUGCCCCAACGGAGUUUGUGAUGCGGGCGCUGGAGUGCGUCUACCACUUGAGCUGCUUCUGCUGUUGCGUCUGCGAGCGCCAACUCCGGAAAGGAGACGAGUUUGUGCUGAAGGAAGGGCAGCUGCUCUGCAAAAGCGACUACGAAAAGGAGAAAGAUUUGCUCAGCUCCGUCAGUCCCGACGACUCGGAUUCCGUUAAAAGUGAUGAUGAGGAUGGGGACGUCAAACCAGCCAAAGGACAAGCAAACCCAGGGAAGGGCGGCGACGACGGGAAGGAUCCAAGGAGACCGAAACGGCCACGGACUAUACUCACGACCCAGCAGAGGCGAGCGUUCAAAGCUUCAUUUGAAGUGUCUUCCAAACCUUGUCGGAAGGUUAGGGAGACGCUGGCAGCUGAAACAGGCCUCAGCGUUCGAGUUGUCCAGGUGUGGUUUCAGAAUCAAAGAGCAAAGAUGAAGAAAUUGGCCCGGAGGCAUCAACAGCAGCAGGAGCAGCAGAACUCACAGCGGCUAGGUCAAGAAGUAAUGUCCAACCGCAUGGAAGGGAUGAUGUCGUCUUACACGCCGCUGGCACCGCCACAGCAGCAGAUUGUAGCGCUGGAUCAGAGCAGCUAUGCCACUGACCCUUUCCAGCAAGGUCUCACCCCGCCACAAAUGCCAGGUGACCACAUGAACCCCUAUGGAAACGACUCGAUUUUUCACGACAUUGACAGCGAUACCUCUUUAACUAGCUUGAGCGACUGUUUUCUGGCCUCGUCAGAAGUAAACUCCAUGCAAGCUAGGGUAGGAAAUCCUAUUGACAGGCUGUACUCUAUGCAGAGUUCGUAUUUUGCCUCAUGAAACUGAAAGGAAAACUAAGGGAGGGAGGGACCCCUGAAGAAAGAAUGCCAAUCUUCACAGAUGACUACCCUUGCACACACAUUCUCUCCCCUCCCCAAUUUCCCGGCUCAGACUUUUACAGCCAUAUUUUCCUGUGCUCUUCCUUUGUGCUGACUUCGGGCUCUGUGACGACAGGAGCUUGAAAUUAAGGGAGACUCUAGUAAAAUCAAUAAGUAACAAAUUACAACAGCAGCCCCCUGGUCACCCUCAAAAAAGCACGGCGCUAUCAUCCGGGCAAAUGAAUUGAAAUGACAAACACUGCCACCUGGUUACCCUCGAAAAAGCACGGCGCCAGCAUCCGGGCAAAUAAACUGGAAUAGUAAAUGCUGCCCCCUGGUCACCCUCGAAAAGCACAGCGCUAUCAUCCGGGCAAAUAAAUUGAAAUGGCAAAAGCCGCCACCUGGUCAUCUUCGGCAAAAGCAUGGCGGUAGCAUCCGGGCAAAUAAAUUGAAAUGGCAAGAUCUGCCACCUGGUCACCCUUGCAAAAGCACAGCACUAUCAUCCGGCCAAGCUCAGGAGUGCCGGGGACGGGAUGAAGUGCCCAACCACGUGGUUUGACGAUCCUCUGUUCAGUUCCAUCACUGCCAUCGCAAAGGAAAACAAGUGGGUGUUGAGAGAAAAUUCACCCUUGGAAUCCCUUCCAGAUGCCCAGCGUCGCCAGUCUUGCUGCCAUUUGGGGGAGGGGAGAGGGUUGGCCCGCGUGACGAAACCAGUUGGGGAAAAGGCCUCUCCUAUCGUUCUUACUGCAUGUUAGUUGUGGACUGACAGCCCUCCAAACUGGGAGACCUUUCCAUGUAACUGUGCUUCCCAAGCAAUCAUUCCUCGUUGGCACUUUCCACCACCCUGUUUCUUCCUCCAUCCCGUGGAUUGGGCCCUUAGUUUAUAGCCCUUGUACGGUAUGAAACGCAGGGAGCAGGAGGGAAGGGAGAGGAAUAACUGGUUAAGCAACAAGGGUUGUAUUCAUCUAAGUCCUAUUCAGAGUAGACCCAUUGAAAUGAAUAGCCAUCGGGCCCCAUCUGCAUUUGAAGCUGUCUCUGGCCACGUUAAAUGGCCUUGGCUUCUUUCCCCAAAGAAUCCUGGGAACGGUCAUUUGCUAAGGGUGCUGGGAGUUGUUAGUUGACUCCUGUUCCCGUCACAGAGCUAUGGUUCCCAGAGCAGUUUAACCAUCAAUCCCUCUUCCCAGGGAAUUCUGGGAAUCAUAGCUCUGUGAGCAUCUUAACAGUUCCCAGGAGCCUUUGGGGGAAGCCAUGACUGUUGAAAGUGGUGUGAUACUGCUUUAAGUCCACAGUGCAGAUGAGGCCUCAGCCAUGUCUCCUAACUUGGACGUGUCUAUGACUCGUGAGAGUAGCACUGGAUACCACCCUCUUACUGUGGAAAGAGAAAGUCAUGUCAUCAUAAUGUUUUUAACAAAUGACCGAAGAAGGUGCAUGAGAUUCAUUUAGACGAGUAGUAGCGUUUUUUAAACAAAAAUGAGCAAAAGGUUCUUACGAGGCACACCGUUUCAUUUGCGAACGGAGUGUGAAUGUAAAACAUUGAUUUUUUUUUAAAGUGUAGUAUAACUCAUUGCCAAAUUUCAAAUCUCCCCCCUCUCCCCCCCUCCUUUGAUUGGCAGCCAUCUGUUGGCCAUUCCCCUAUGUUUACAUCCAUUUGACAGAAAAAGACCCCACUCCAUUGUUCCAAUCUGGAUUAAUUAGGAAGGUCUUUAGUUUGCAUUUCUUUCCUCGGUAAGAAAAAAAAAUUGAUCUUGCCCCCUGGGGCCCUCCUGAAACAUCGGUCGAGUCACUGCAACAAAGCAAGACUUUAUGGUGGGAAGGACCAUAGUUCUGUGGUAGAGCUUCCGCUUUGCAUGCAUAAGGUCCUAGGUUCUCCAGGUAGAGCUGGAGAAAAGUCCCGUAUGAAAUCCUGGAGAGCUGCUGCCAGAGAGUGCGGACAUUACUCAGCAGGAAUGUAGUCGUGCAGGGUCUCAGGGGGUUGGAGCAGGGUCCCAGCAGGGACUCUACGUCUCCAGCAUCCUGCGAGCCAAUCAGCAUUAAAGGGGAAUGUAUUAGCCACUGAGAAGAGUCUUCUAACUUCCUUGUCCUUUCCUGCUGGUUGUUGCCAAUCAGAGUGAAAGGGGGUGAGUCAGCCACUGAGAAGAUUCCCAUUGGCUCCUAGGGAUGUCUGUUGUUGUGGGAGAAGGCAUGAGCAAGGAUCUCAUUCUCAACUUAGCAGCAAAAAAAGGGGGAGGAGGAGCUGUGACUAACACGAAGAGAUCCUGCUUCUGAACUUGCCACCACACUACUAUUAUUUGGUGGUGGUUGGUGCCCAUCUGGGGCCGGCAGGGCAGAAGGCAGGGUGGAAGGCAGGGAGCCCGUCCGUAGGUGGAGCCAGAGCUAAUGAUUGGUGAGGCCAGAGCCAGUGACAAACAGAGCCGACUCUUUCUAGUUUUGCCCCCAUCCUCCUCCCUGCUGAGUUCUACAAGGGGCAGCACUGAGACUAAUGGGGAAGAAGCUGACAGCCAGGGCCACCCCCUCGACUGUCUGUAAGUAAGAAGGCAUGCAGAUGGAGGGAAAUUGGCGGGGCGGGGCCUUGUUCGCCCCAAUGGACGAGCCUCCACUGACAAUACUGAGCUUGAUGGACCAAUGGUCUGGCUCAGUCUAAGGCAGCUGUGUCUGACCCCCUGUUCCUAUGGAGGGCUGUUCAGCUACUCAGCCUAUGAACACCUCGGUGGGAUGCAAUCCCAAAACUAAUGCAGCUACUCCAAAUUCAUGUGGACUAAAUUCAGAGGGUUGACAUAAGUCGUAAUCGACGUGAAGGCACAUAACAACAAAGUAGACAGUUGAAACUCAGGCUGUAACAUUUGCAACGCAAGCUGUCGCGUGUUUACUCAGAAGUAAGUCUCACUGCAGCCUUACGUGAUUCAUUGGUUAGAUCAAGGAUGGGGAGCCUGUGGCUUUCCUGUUGUUGGGCUGAAGCUCCCAUCAACCCUGAGUAUUGGCCAUCCUGCCCAGAGCUGAUGGAGUCUGUAUCCAGAGGACCACAGGUCUCUCACCCAUGGGUUAGAUGAAGCAAUUUAAAGCAUCUGGGAUAGACCAAAAAAUGCCCUUUAUUAAUGAGGUAGCAGGUCUUUAAUUGGUUUAAUUGUUUUUAAUGCAAGUAGUUACCAAAAAAAAAAUGCAGGUAACAAGUGCCAUUUUAGAAGAGGCAUUCCUCACUCAUACCUAAGACACAGAAAGGGAUGCUUCUUCUCAGAUGUGAUGCCUGUUGUGUCAGAGGCAUGAAUGAUCUAAAAAUGACAUUUUUUUCCUUGGGAAAAAUCAACGUCUUCCUCACAGGCAAAUUGCUGCAGAUUCCAUGGAUUAAUCCAUUAUUUGGCUCCUACAGUCCAUCGACUAAUAUUCCUUUCACCAGGGUACAGCCCUAGUCAAAAGCUGCCCAUUAAAUGAGGAUUAGAAAGAGAGAGGGAGAGAAAGAGAGAGAGAGUGUGUGUGUGUGUGUGUGCGUGUGUGUGUGUUCAGAUCCUAGACAUAUUGAAGGAUGGGACCCCAAUGUUACACUGGACUCUAAAUCCUACUUAACUAUAGCACUUUGAAAUGUCUUUGGAAAGAGCAAUGAAGGAUAUCCUUUAGUUGUCUCUGUGCUGGGGAAGAACAUGAGAAUUGGUGCAUUGUUGAAGAUUGGUGGAGGAGGGCCAGGUCGAGGUCUGAGGCAGCCCUCCACAAAGUGAUUUCUAGUGGGCCUCCGGCAGCAGUGACUGGCGCUCAGUGGAACUGGUGGGGUGGAAGGCAGGGAGGACAACAGUGGCUGGAGCCAGCCAAUGACAAGACAGAGACACAGCCAAUGGCAGGCAGAACCGAUUAGUCCUAGUUUUGGUGGGGUGCUGCCCCAUUUGCCCUCAGGAACCAGCCUCCGUCCAAACCUGGCCCUGGCCCCUGUUCUCCUAAACUCUCUAUUGAAACCACUGAAAACCAAAGAGCCCUGAGUUCUGCCUCUGGGCAACACACAAAUGGUGCAGCCAGCAUGGGAUGGAAGCACGUAGCGGACUUUUCUUUCUCAGGUCAAAGUGGAGCCACGCCAUGCAGCUAGGUCUGUUAUGGCUGGCUCCCAUUGACACUGGUAGAAGGCAGGGAAGCCCACAGUCAGUGGAGCCACACCAAAGGAGAGGUUGAGGCAGGGCUGACGGCAGGUGGCGGCAACAAAUGCGCAUUUCGGACCUGUCCCCUGCUGAGUUUUGCAGCACUGAGACUAAGAAGGAGGGAAGUGACAGCCACUGUCACCCGCUUAGACCAGUGCUAAAUAAGAAGCCAAGUGGACGCCGGCCAAGGGGAGACUGAGGUUGGUGGCGCGGCACUCUGUCGGCCCUUCUCGACAAGCCUCCACUGAGCCAGGUCUAGUUUGCCCUUGCGCGUAAUGCUUGGCAAAGAUAAAUGUCCCACUUAGUUGUGGUGUGGCUGAUGUCCCCCAGGAGUGUGAUCAUUGUGUGGUUUUAACCUGGGGACCUUUGCGGUCAAAGGUUCUGAAGCAGACCCUUGACCUCCUCUCGAUUUGAGAUUUCUUCUCCUCGUAGCAUCCAGGGAGAUGCCAACGGGCGAGAGGAAAGCAACCGCAAAGCAAGAGGGAAAAGAAGUAAGCAGGUUAGGGACAGUUGUCAACACACCCCAGCCACGAAAAACCCCUUUUUCAUUUGGUGUUACGAAUGGAAAGCGCAAACGAUGAUCACCCAUCUGUUAUGUCGGGGGCCGAAGGGUCACGUCAGCCAUUUAUUACGCCUUGCUGGGGAGCCCCAUACGUGCCAGCAAACGGUCCCCUCUUUGGCACAAACAAGCUGAGUUGGCAACUCGUCGCCUUUUCCAUCAGGCCUCUUUGGAUGAGGGAGGGAGGACUUGCUCUAAGCUGCAAGCAGCCGUCAGAGGCAUGCAAUUAAAAAAAUAUAUGAUUGAUGAGAUUUUAAAGCCCUCUCCGUGAUGCCGUUGAUGUUUUCUUUUAAAAAAACAUUAGCAGAGGUUGCAUGUUGCUCAGGAAAAGAGGAAAGGAUGGUCCCAGCAUACAGGAUUUUAAAAUGAAUCCAAACGUGAUUUCCCUCCAAGGCCUUGUCAAAUCUGAUGCUAACAGGACGAGGAAGGCGGAAAGGUGCCUGUUAGCUUGUGUUCUGUCAGUCUCCCACUGCUCAUUGGUACACUUCUGCUGUGGGUUGAUAUAUCUAUAUCUCAAUACAGAAAGCUGCCUUAUCCCGAGUCAGACCAUCUGCCUAGCUCAGGAUCGUCCACACUGACUGGCAGCCGCUCUCUAGUGUUUCAGAUGUGCCUUUCCCAAUCCUACCUGGAGAUGCCAGGGAUUGGACCUCGGAUUUUCUGCAUGCAAAGCAGAUUCCCUAGCACGGAGCGAUAGCCCUUUCCCCAACAUAGGAAGCUGCCUUGAGUUAGACCAUUAGUCCAUCCAGCAUUCUUGUCUACACUGGCUGGCAGCAGCUCUUUGGAGUUUCUAUCUAGAGACGCCGGGGACUGAACUUGGGGCCUUCAGCAUGCAAAGUGGAUGCUCCAGAACUGAGCGCCAGCCCUUACGGGACUCGUUUAAUAGGACAUAAAGUAGUUUAACAGUCACUCCCUCUCCUGAGGGAACUGUAGUUCUGUUGGAGAGGCCGGAGCGCCAAGUCACACUCCCCAGGAUUUUUUUAACUAAGCCGCCGCUGUUAAACCAGAAAGAACUGCCACAAGUUUGUUGUGUAGAAUUCCCCUAGAUCAGGAGUGGCUGACCGUGACCCUUCAGAUGUCACUGGACUGCAACCAUUGAGCAUGAUGGUUUGGGCUGAUGGGAGUCCAGCCGCAUCUGGGGGGCAGCAGGCUUCCCAGCCCUGCCCCAGGCAUUCCGCCAUGUCAUUGGAGACAUUCUUCCACAUGGACCACCCCUCACUGUUUCCAUCGGUGGACCGCUUUGGAUUGCCUUCAUUUGUAAAUUGAAAAGAGAGCCACGUUCAUUUGAAUUUGGGGGGGGGGGUAAUGCUGUGCUCCAGAGCGCACUAACAACGUUCAGAGGUGGCACAUCAGGGACUUGGAAGCCCUUCAUCCAGUCACAUCUAAAAAUACCCUGCACCUUGUGUUCUUUCUAGGCCAGGGAUGGAGAACCAGUGGCUACACUGACGUUGUUGGACUCCAUUUCCCACGUGCCUCAGCCAUCAUGGCCAAUGGGCAGGGUUUAUGGGAGCUGUAGUCCAGCAACAUCUGGAGAGCUACAGAUUUCUCACUCCUGUUCGAGAGCAUGUUAGGAGACACAUUCGAGGGGUUGUUGUUUUUUCAGAUAUUUGAGUCUGCCAUGCCAAAAAAAAGAAAAUAAUUUGUCAUCUGCCAAAAGUUCUUUUGGAGUCAACGGGUUAGCAGAGGCCACCAUCUAGCAAAUGGUAACUUACUAUGGACUGUGUUUGACAGUGCUGGCAGUCUUGUCAAAUGGGGAGGAGGCUUUUUGCACACGUGCACACGCCGGUCAUGUGGUGUUCUGAUCCGGUGUGGAAAAGUCUCUUUGCCGCACCUUGGGAGCGACAUGGAUAGCUGUGUUCCCUUCUUUAGACUGGAGAAUAUCGAGUGCUGUCAUGAAGAGGCAAACCAGGAAAGCAAUUAAAGUGCACGCCUGUUGUUAUGUAAGCAGCAGCCAGUGGGGAGCCUGAGCAGCUUUGGAAGUGUGGGGAAAGAGGGGGUCACUCUUCCUUGCCACAGUCCCCACCAAAACAUGGCUGUCUGAAGUUGCUGUUUGCUUUGCCUUGAAAUGCAAACACCAGCUUCAGAGACGUGGUUUUUGUCAGGACUGGGGCAGGGAGGGAAAGCUUUGCCCUGCCCUUCCCUGCGGUCCCAAGGCUGCUGCGGUUUCCCAGUGGCUUCUAUUUACAUAACAAAAAACAUGCAUGCUAAUUGCAUUUAUGACAUUGAUGUCAUGUUUAAUUGGGCCCUAAGAACGCCAUUUGCUACCAAUAACCCUGUCCCAUUAUUACUUGUUUUUAUUUAUUACAUUUCUACCCCACUUUUCUUUUCAUGAUACAAACCCAAGGUGGUUUUACAUAGGGUUCCCAGGCGGUCUCCCAUCCAGGCAUUGACCAGACCUGACCCUGCUUAGCUUCAGCAGGGAGCUGGCCUCAUGUGCCUUCAGACCAUAGCCUGGGACCAUUACGCAAGCUGAACAAAUUUCUGAGGGACAUAGGGUUUUAUAAAAACUUGAACUGAAACCAUGGAAACAGAUCCAGGUGUACGGUUUGUUGAAGUGGUUGAAUCAUCUGUGGGGGGUUUAGUACUGGAUGGCUGCAAUCCAAUACACACGUAUCUGGGAGUAAGUCCCAUUGAACCCAAUAGGGCUUACUUUUGAGGAGACACGCAUUGGGUUGCAGCCUUACAUAGGUUAAUUGCCUUGUAGCCAACCACAUCUUACUCAGAGUAGGCCUGUUGAAAUUAAGGGAUCUAUGUUAGCCUAUCCAUUAUUUUUAGCGGGUCUACUCUGAGUAGGACUAGCAUUGGAUACAACCCUUUAAUUCCAAUGGGCCUGCUCUGAGAAACCCAUAGUAUACAGAUGGAAAACGUCAGAAACGAGCCCCCCCCUAAGUAUUUCCAAAAAGAGAGGUCAUCACCCUCUCCAAAGGGCACAGAUUUGCAUAUGCUAAUUCAUACAUAUAGAUGUAUAUUUAGAAUUCAGGACUAUAAUUUAAAUAGACAUGCUGUACCUCUCACCCUAGUGGGGAAGACUGUGACCUGUGUGCUUGCCUGGUCCGCUGUCCAAGCUCAUUGACGGGCAGCUUCAGAGCCCUUCCUCAUCUCCCUUCUGAAGGUUCUUCAUCCCAGAUUUAGACAGGGCAGCUCUACAAAUAAAGGGGUCCUUCAAACAGAGGCGUGUCCUCCGCAAAGUAGGACACGUGGCCACCCUAAAGGCAAAAUUCCUUAAAAAAAAACACAGUUCUUCUGUGACAGAGACCUUGGUUCCUGACACAGCAAGGCGACGAGGUGUCUUUUAAGUAUUUGCAUCAGUACUGCAGCAAGGAGCUCUUACUGGCUGGACUGACGAAGGAGAAAGGCUGAACCUUUGCCAUCGCUAUCCAAACAGAAAAUCUGAACAAGCCGUCAAAGAGGAGGCAAGAGUGAUGGCCGGGGACAAAGCAUUCAGACCAGAAACUACCUUCAAGGGCUUCCCGAGGGUUUUGGGAUGGUGUGAUGCCAUCCAUGGCCUUAUUCACCGUAAAUUUGAGAUGCUCCCCACUCUGAAGCAUUAAAAAAUAUGCAAAUUUAGAACUGGAUGAUGUACUAAGUGUCCCUCAGAGAAUCCCACCCCAGCAUAGCCUUCAGCCUCCAAGAAUUUGCUCAGUGAGAUGAGGCCAUGAUAUUAGAGGCCUGAUAUGAGCCUCUGGAGACUGGCACUUCAAUCUUCAGUGUAUACUUAAAGGCAGAGCUUGGAAAAGUUACUUUUUUGAACUACAACUCCCAUCAGCCCAAUCCAGUGGUCAUGCUGGCUGGGGCUGAUGGGAGCUGUAGUUCAAAAAAGUAACUUUUCCAAGCUCUGCUUAAAGGCUUGCCAAAAUCUGUCCCCCUUCAGAAAUAAGGAUGAGAGAUCUCCCCCUUCCCGCCCCACCAGUUCCUUUUAUAAUUCCGUGGGUCUCUUUUUUCCUUCAUUCAGCUGAAUUCUGGUUUAACUUGGAAUAUAGAAAUAUAUCCUGAAUUAGAACAUGUGCAUAUUGCUGCAAAGUUCAGUUAAUUUGCUUCUUUUUUCUUUAGUGGGAAAGUUAGAGCAAAUUAAACUCUCGAGUUAGGUCACAUCCACGCCAUACAUUGAAAACAUGUGGCUCCCCCCCUAAGAAUCCCAGGAACUGUAGUUUACCCCCAUAGAGUGAUGGUUCCCAGCACCCUCAACAAACUACAGGAUUCCUUGUGGGAAGCCAUGUGCUUUCAGUGAACUCUCAAUGCAUGGCGUGGAUGUGAUCUUAAUGGUCUUAUGGAGAUCCUCCUCUUUAGACCGCAACCUGCAUGAUUUAAAAAUGAGGUGUGACACCCUUGCUGUGUUUGGGGAGCUCCAGCUCAUUCAGCUGAGUGGAGCCCUGGACUUCUGCCCCCAAAUCCUGCUCCGAUAGCACCACUGCCUCCUUCCCCCCAUAUUACUAAUGCACAUGAAUGUAUUGACAAAAUAUUACCCUCCCCAAAAGCAACCAGGAUUUGAUUGUAUGUCUAAUUUGAUUGGGAUUGCUUUUUUGCAGUGUUUUAUUGCUGUAGGCAAGUAGCCCUCUUGACUCAGAGCAUUUGUAAAACACCUCAUGAAAAUAAUCUCAAUAUAAGCAUACAUACAGUCACAUCAAAAUAUCUUCUCCUUCUCUCUCUUUUUGCAAUCUUUCGCCACUGCACAGAAGUAAAACACAGCACAAAAAUCAUCCUGAUGUGGCCAAUAUAGUUUGUCCUUUUUUGGCUGUGUUUUAUCGAUGCGAAUGCGUAACCUGGAAGUUUUGAGAGAGGGGGAAAGGUGGUGAAAGAACUAGAAGGCGGCAGCAAAGAGUUUAUGCAAAGGACAACAUUUGGAAACAAAAAGAAAGCAUGGAAUGAAGGAGGUUUCCUAAUGUAUCCAUUCCAUUCCAGAAACAAGACCAGGUAAUUCCAGAACUCUAAAAAUCCAUGAAUAAAUGUAAACAAGACAAAAUCCAGAGGCAUCCUAUUCAUAAAUAGCUUUGUUGAACCAGAAGUGGUCCAGCUAUGGAACAAGGUUAGGCAGUUGUCUCAAGCAGUUGGAUUGUGAGUGCCAACUCUAAUCGGUGGACACGAUCCAUCUGGAAGUUUCCCCACCAGAAGUUCCACUGAAAUGAAUGGGCAUGUGUAUGUCCUCUUAUACAGGUCCCACUUAUUUCGAUGAAGCUUAUGUAGAACCCAUACAAAUUAACAAAAGAGAGGAGACAUACGUAUUUUUGACAUCAGACACCAAAACAGUUUAGCCUGAACUCUUAACAGUCUAACUGUCAUGCUGGACUCUCACAGAAUGAAGCCAUUUGCUUAAGAACCCUGACAGUCCAUGCCCUGCCGAACGCACAACUCCUAUUGGGUUUCUACCUAUCAUCAAUAGUUUGAACAGCUCACUUUGAAUCAUGAUUCCAGUUUCUUUGAGAGAGAACAAGGAACGUCUCUCUUCCCUCCACCCAUGUUCUUUAGCUGCGUAUGGCUGUAUUUCUUGUAUAUUUAUAUAUUCUGUAUUUAUGUUACCAAAAUGUAGUAUUUUGUAGCUGUUCCAGUUUGUUUAACUUGUAAAAUAAUGAUGAUGACAACAAUGAUGAUAAUAAUAAUAAUAAUAAUAUUCUUAAUAUGGUCUCCCACUCCUAGGCUGUUUUGCCUUUCAAACAUAGUUCCUAACCUCAAUCCCACCCCUUCCAAACGCUGUUGGUUUUCUUCCCACCAACAUCAAGGUUGUAGAUUGGACGUUUUGUCUUUUAUUUAAUGACUUGCCAUUUCUUAAAUUAUUUAUUAGUGUUUUUGUUGGGCUUUGUUUUGGUUUCCUCUUCAUCUUCUUUCCAACUUUCACAUCGUUCAGUUUCUAAUGCUCUCUGCCACUGUCAGCCGGCAGUUACAUGAUGUGAUUCUCAGACCUUGUGUUUGUUUGUCUUUAUCUGCGAAAGAGAGAGAAAGAGACAAAACACUUCAGUAUAUUUGUAAAUAAAACCUACCUGUAAAUGAAA